UCAAUAUUGACAAGCACUUCGAAAUAGAAAGUGUGUACGGAAUUGUUGUCAGUCACUAACAGAUUUGAAGUGCGGCGAGAACGAACUCAUCGAUGGUGUGGAUACGAGAGACGUCUUUAAAAAUUAAGCGUGUGUUAGAUCGCUGCGUCGAAUAUCGGUUGCGUCCGUGUGUGUGCACUGUUGAUGCAGAGUGAUGCAGAGUGAUGUAUCUAUGCGUCCGUGAUGGGCACUGUGUGAUGCGGAAUUAGGAAUUUAUGGUCAUUCACUGGCGAGAGAGAAAUUGAGUUUCGCAUACGCAGUGUCGCCGCAAGAGACAGACCUACAUGGUUGUUGCCACUCCACAUUUUAAUACGGCUGUCUUGUAAUACGAUACAGCAUUACACUAUAAAGCCUGGCGUGUACAUGUGCAACACUGGAUUUCAACGUGUACAAAAAACGAGUAAUUUGAUUUUAAAUGCAGAAAACAGACAUGACUCGAUGGAUUCGAACGCUGUUUGUGUGUUUCUGGACUAUGGUUCUCUCUGCUGAUUUGUGUACACCGAGGACAAUCAACUUGGGGCUGUUGUUCCAGUGGGAAGGGGCAAAUCCCGUCGGUUCACGGGGUGGUGGGGCGGCGAAGAUAGCCAUCGAUGAGAUCAACUCGGAUAUAGGGAGGCAUAGGUACGGGGCUAUCCACGCUGCCGGCCACCAACUCGACUUCGUCUGGAAAAAUACAAACUGCGAGACGAAAGUCGGCCUGCCGGUCUUUAGCGACCUGCACACCGACGAGAAUGAGUUCGGCCGGCCCGUGGACGCGUACAUCGGCCCGGGGUGCAGCAUCAUCUGCGAGCCCGGUGGAAUACUUGCUGCUCACUGGAAAGUCCCGGUUGUCUCGUGGGGAUGCACCUCAGAUACCCUCUCCCAGAAGGAGACGUACCCGACGUUCGCCCGCACCGCUUCCCCGAGCAAGUUCAGCGCGCCGUUCUUCACGGCGAUCAUGAAGAACUUCAACUACGACAGGGUUGCGAUCAUCUACUCCUCACACCAUCUCUGGUCUCUGACGGCACAGAUCUUAAAGACGGACUUCGAGGAGAAUAACAUCACCGUGGCCAUCUUUAAUCAGUUUGAACCUCUGGAGAAACUUGCAGAGGCGAAUUUGGUGAGCAUUCAGCGAGAGGCAGAGAAUAAGUACAAACAGUUGAAGGCUGCAAAGGAUGAUUCAAGAGUGUUUAUAGUGAUUGCCUACGGGGCCGACGUGCGCAACUUCCUACUGGACGCAAAAGACUUGGGUAUGAUGGAUGGGAGCUACGCCUUCUUUACCAUGGAGAUUACUUUAAACGGGCGGCUAGCGGGAGAUGGCAAGGAUGCCGAAGCAAUAGAGGCAUUUGAAGGUCUGUUAGAUGUCAAGAAUCUUAAACCAGAGACGGAUGAAUACAUGACUUUUGAGGAAGAGGUCCGCAGUGUGACGUCACAACACCCCUUCAACUCCACAGCCUUCCCUGAUGGCAACCUCACAGGAGAGGUUCCGAUUGAGGCAGCCCUUUUGUAUAACGCAGUACAUCUCUACGCACACGCACUCAACUCGAGUCUUACAAUAGACAACUCAACUGAAGGUGCUGUUGUCAGCAAAUACAUGUUCAACGUCAACUUCACAGGAAUCGACGGUGAUGUCGUCAUUGAUAACUCUGGAGACAGGCAUCCUAAUUACAUGCUGCAGAACAUUCGUAAUGGAGCGUUCCAAACCGUUGCGCAUUACUUCAAUGAUAACCCACAAUACAAGGACAUCAACAGGACGAUCUAUUGGCCGGGAGGGGGCACGAAACCACCAGCAAACGGCCCCGACUGCGGUUGGAGCAGCGAAUUCUGCCCGGAGGGACUCACAACUCCUGAACUCGCCAUUAUUAUAGUUUCGUCCAUCACCUUCGUCAUCAUCACGUGCAUCGUUGCAUUAUUCAUCUACAGGAAUCGUAAAUACGAAGCAGAGCUGAGAAGGCAAGUGUGGAAGAUAAACUACGAUGACAUCAUCUUCAGUUCCCACGCUGAACACUCAAGAAGGAAAAUCGGCACCAGUUAUGAAUUCAGCAUGGCAAAGUUUUCAUCGCAAAUGAACGACCAGGGACGAGGGUUGGCGGACGGCAGUAACGUGUCUCUCUUCAGCUCCAAAGCCUUUACGAAAGUAGGUCGUUACCAGGGAUCAUGGGUGGCCAUCAAAUCCAUCAACAAAACCAGUGUUCACAUUACAAGAGAGAUUCUGAAGGAUUUUAAAGAGCUUCGCGAUCUCCAACACACGAACAUCAACCAAUUUCUGGGAGCAUGCGUAGAACAGCCCAUCUGUAUCGUGUAUAGAUACUGCAGUCGGGGCAGUUUGCAGGAUGUGCUGAACAAUGAUCAUAUCAAGCUGGACUACCUCUUCAAGUGGUCUUUUGCAAUGGAUGUUGCCAGGGGUUUGAACCACCUCCACUCCUCUCCCAUCAUUUCCCACGGCAACCUCUGCUCAUCCAACUGCUUAGUAGACAGUCGAUGGGUCUGCAAGAUUUCAGACUUCGGACUGGUCAAACUCAGAGAGGGAGCGGUGGACAACCGCUUCAGCGAAGAGGCGAUAUACGCAAAAAAGCUGAUAGUCGCACCUGAGCUUCUGAAUAUGGCGACCCCGCCGCUGCAAGGGACCCAGAGCGGUGAUUGCUACUCCUACGGGAUACUGCUACAGGAAAUAUUCCUCCGUGACUCGCCUUAUUGCAUGGUGGAGCUAUCUGCUCAAGAUAUUAUCAAGUUGGUAAAAGCGUGCAAGGACCCACCGUACAGACCUGUAGUCCCGGAGUCAUCUAUGGACAGUCGGGUCAUCAAACUCAUGAGGCAGUGUUGGGAUGCUGAGCCGGACUACAGACCAAAUGUGGCGUCAAUUGUUAAAGCAUUACAGCAGUGCUCACAUGGGAGGAAGGGAAACCUGAUCGACAACAUGGUUGACAUGAUGGAGAAAUACACAGACCAGCUGGAGGAAAUGGUUGAAGAAAGAACGAAACAACUCGAGGAGGAAAAGAAGAAAACAGACGAACUCUUGUACCAGAUAUUGCCAAGAUCUGUCGCAGACGAGUUGAAACAAGGCAAAUGCGCCGAGCCUGAAACGUUUCAACAAGUCAGCGUGUUCUUCAGUGACAUCGUGGGGUUCACACGGCUAGCUGCCGCUAGCUCUCCACUGCAGGUGAUCGAUCUGCUGAAUAAUCUCUACACGGGGUUCGAUCACAUUCUGGAGCACUAUGACGUGUACAAGGUUGAAACUAUCGGUGAUGCCUACAUGGUCGCCAGUGGGCUACCUGUACGGAACGGGAAUAAACACGCGGGAGAGAUCUGCUCCAUGGCCCUGGAUCUACUCAGCUUCGUCAAGACUUUUCAUAUUGCACAUAUACCAGACGAACAUCUGCAGCUCAGAAUAGGUGUACAUACAGGACCUGUUGUAGCGGGAGUGGUUGGCAAGAAGAUGCCACGGUAUUGUCUCUUUGGGGAUACCGUCAAUUAUGCAUCGAGAAUGGAAUCAAGUGGAUUAGCUUUACGGAUUCACGUGAGCCCGGAGUGCAAAGAUGUUUUGAUGAAAAUCGGAACAUUUCAUUUGGAGAGAAGGGGCAGCGUGCAAAUGAAGGGUAAGGGCACGAUUGAGACCUUCUUUCUCCUCGGAAGGGAUGGCUUCAAUAAGGAACUGCCGAGUCUCAGCACAGCGGCUCCCCUAGAAGCCCACGAAUUCAAGUAAGCUCAGGAAAUUUGCUAAGCUGGACCGAACACAGGCUACCAGCUAGUUGUAACAUUAUGUAGUAACUGGUUCCUUCUGGUUGUUUCUACCACCAACGAAUUUUCUAAGCACGAUUGUAUUUAUCUAUAUAAAUUACAUUUAUUUUCUUACAGUACAGUAUUUUGUCAACUACUGAUUGCAUUGCAUGAUAUGUAAGAGGUGUUAUAAUUUCCAUUGCGUUAAGGUCAAUGACAUUUAGGGGUCAACAGAGGUCAGAGUCAAAGUGCCUCCAUAUCUGCAAAACACAUGUUAUUGUUUAUGUAUAUGUUAGUUAUGCUACAAGUUUCAAGCCUCAGUCGUAAAACACAGUAUUUAGUUCGCAUUUAUACUAGCUGCACUCCAAACGCCUACAAACAAUCGGUGAGCCUACCUUUAAGGGAAAUAAUUUAAUUAAUCAAAAACAACCUCGGAAAGCAACAUUAGAAGAGAGAAACAAAAUGAAUUAAAUUUCACUUCUGUGCCUCUACUGAUAAAUAUUAAAGCAGCCAACCGAACAAUCCACUCUUCUAUGUAAGGUCUGGUCGGUAACAAUGAGCAAGAACUGUUCCGCGCUAAUUGAAUAAUUUGCUCACUAAAUACUAUUACAGCUAUACAUGGACCCCGUUCAGUACAGCAGGUCAUUCGUCACGGUUGUGUAAAUAAUUGACGUAUUAAUUGUAUUGAUACGACAAUAUUUAAACAGAGAUAUACGCGGAGUGUUUCAUGAUGGGUAAUGAUGGAUGACCAUUAGAGGUAAACGAAGAUUGAUUGCUUAAAUCACACACCGGGCAUAAUUGCUAAAACAAGACAGUACGAUAAUUAUAAAGUCUAAACGUAAAGGGUAUUCGGUCUGAAAUUUCAAGAGGUCUACGUUUGUUUUAAGUGAAAUCUCUCUUACAAAUCUAUAAUGGCUCCCGGCACCAUAUCAAAGGUGGGCACUGUCUGCCAGCAGUCUGCCAUUUUUUUUUUAAAGUCAUCAUGCAAUGUCUUUAAUGAUGUAUGGUGCGCGUCUCAACUGCGCUUGCUCCCUCUCAAUGGAUGACUUUGGAGCGCUAGGUGGCAGCAGACUUGUCAGGUAAAGUUCCUUUGCUACGCAGUUCUUAGCAUGCUCAUACCGAGAACAAUGAAUUUACAUGGUCAGUCUGCUGCCACCUAGUGUUCCAAAAGUCGUCCAUUGAGAGGGAGCAAGCGCAGUUGAGACUGUUCCAAAACUGCGCAGUGCACAACAGCAUCGCUACCAUGGGCAGCGCUUCGUAUUGAUAUAACCUCUUGUCACUAAAGAUCGAGCAAGGCAUUCUGCAAGAAAAACAAAACCAUGGCGCGGUGAAUUCGUACACCACUGAGAACGAGGUUGACUGCACACCAAAAAUGGCGCGAACCAAGAUUACAUUCGUGUCGUGCAGUCGGCUGAGUUGGUUCAAGAAGCAAUUUUUUAAAUAAAUUUUGAUAGUUCUUGACAAGCUACCUUAGCGCAUCCACGCCGCGAUAUUUUGCUAAAACCUGUGACGCAUUGUGAGCUGGUGUGACAUGAAUUUAAUGAUCUUGUUAUCGUUAACCUCAUUCUGAAACACGGCAGCCAACUCUAACCCAAAUAAAGCACAUUUUAAUGAACCCAGGAUCAAAACAUUUGACUAAACCCUAAUCAAACCCGCGAUAUCGCCAGAGGGGUCUUAGGAAUUGAUGAAUUAAAUUAGAAGUUAAUAAUACCUGAAAUAUUAAUCACAUAUCAUCAAUUGAUAACCUCCUUUAUAAAAUAAUGUCCAGAAUGAUUUUCCCGCCUAAUUUUGAACCCUGGAGGCCUCAACGUGCGAAUCGUGUUUAACCCAAAGCCUCGACUCACGACCAGCUCAAAGAUAGAUCACUCUUUGAUUAAUCUCUCAUAUCAAAACACCAACUUAUGUUAAACAGUCUCAAGUGAUUAAUUCCAUUAACCAACAAUUAACAAAUAUAUAUUUGGUUUGCGGUAGCAUCCUGUGUGUAUCUAUACUUGCCAGGUGGAGUUUGUUAUUUAGAGAACUGUCUUUCUUUAUUAUACUACCGCGGAGUAGAUUGGUCGGGGGUUUGGAAGACUUCUCACUUCUGAAAAGAACUGUCCUGCUGUUACCCGGGCGGAUGGUAUAGAAAUAGGCUGGGACUACUACUUUAGC